UCGUCACAGUGCUGCCUAACAACCCCGACACAAACUGGUGUGGCAGCUUUGUGUGUGUGUGUGUCUGUGUGUGUGUGUGCAUAAAAGCAGCAGCAGCAGAGCAGCACACCAUCCCCGUUACUUUCUGUCUGCAAGAGCCGGCGUUCAGGCAGUGAAGGCCCCAGGAUGCCCUUGAAAAACCUGCGGGAGUACUUGGCCCGGCUGUACUACCAGUACCUCCUCAUCACCGGCAUCUACGUGCUGGAGCCUUGGGAGAAGUCCAUCUUCAACUCGGUGCUCCUCUCCGCCGUCGCCAUGGCGAUCUACACCUCCUACGUGUUUGUGCCCAUCCACCUGUGCCUGGCGCUGAAGUUCUUCUCCGGCGUCUGCGGCGGGCAGCCAGAGAGCACCAUGGCCCUCAUGAACUGAAUGGUACUUUUUUUUUUUUUUUUUUUUA